GUAACGCGAUCACCCCGACUGUUGCAUUGUCUCAGCGGGGGCACGCUGCGCACGGAGCCGCGCACCGGGAGGCUCGUGAGCGACAUUCAAAGGACGACGUGAGCAGCACACGGAGCUCUCGAGGGGAUGUGAGUUGUGUGUCUCGGGGAUGAUCCUUCACGCGUGCUGUCGCUGGAUCCAGUGAUCGUGGUGUGGUGCCAGUGCGCGGGGCUGCCCGCCUGGAGCUGCGGCUGCACGGCGCGUUACAGAUGGUCAGCGCUGUACUUCCCUUCAUGUUGUGUGAUAAUUCGCCUGAGUGCUAUGUUGCCGUCGGCCGUGCGCACCUGCGCCGCUCCGCCUGCAUCCGGACCCUAGCGCGCUGAUUCCUCUCAUCCAUUGCGCGGUCACUGAGCGCUGGUCGGCGGUGCGCUCGCGUUCCGCCCGCCGGCACCUCGACGAGGAUGGCCGGCCGCCGCGGCUGCGUGAACUCGCUCUGGUCGGGCAGCGAGCGCGUCCGCAUCGGCGAGCGCCUCAGGGCGACGCUGGCCGGGGUGCUGGAGCUGGAGCUGCUCAGGUGCAAACACCUGGAGAUGGUGGACGCCGCCCUGGAGGACCGAGCGUCCGCCGCCGCCGCCGCCGACGACGAGGAGCCGCGGGCGGAGGAGGGCGGCGGGACACCGCAGACUGAGAGCGCCGCAUCGGACGCCGAGCAUGGCUCUGCGACAUCCCGCCGGCAACAGGCUCCCUCUCCUUCAGAUAUAUUGGUGUUGCCUUGUCAGUGCAGUCCAGAGGACUGUGGCAGUAAUCCAGGAGACGGGGCAGUCCACUCCUCAUCUGCAAGGGGAAGUAAUUCACGCUGGUCCACUCUAUCCUGGGACGCCCCCUCUGACCUGCUCUCUCCCCCAACACCAGACACCAGUGGUAUGGUCCACCUGGACAGCGACUCCAGACCCAGUUCAGGUUUCUAUUCAGUGAGUGGGAGCUCUCUGUCAGACUCUUGCUACUCUGUGUCCAGUGAAGCCGCUCAGGGAGGACCGGUGCCACCGGCCAGACCUCUGAAGCUGUCUACAGACAACAUGGACACCCUCUGGUCAGAAGGUGCAGUGCAGAAGCAGCUGCAGCAGCAGAAGCAGCAGCAGGCGGAGCAGCAGCAGCAGCCUGUACUGCAGAACAGCCAGGAAGAUGUAGAACCAACAGAAGGGACCCCAGUUUCAGGGCCCAGUGACCUAGAAGUGACUGGUCUGAGCUUUUUGUCUGACAUCUGUUCAGGACUUGGUGAUUCCUUGAUUGUUUCCCUCCUCCCACUUCUUGAGCCUAUUUCCUCUUCUUCAACCUCCUCCCUUCAUCCGAAGCCCCAGCUGGACCCUCGCUUCUGUACUGACCUGGUGUCCCGUCGGACCAAAGAGGUCUACCCUUACCCCAGCCCCCUGCAUGCUGUCGCUCUCCAGAGCCCCCUCUUCACCACCCAGAGCCAGGAGCAAUCGUCCUCUCCGAGUCCAGAAGGACCCCAACAUGAUGAUCCACUAGAGUCCAAUGCUGACCCAUCUCUGCCUCAAAAGGCUCAACAGGCUCAGCAGGCCGCCACCCUGGCUUCCUUCACCCAGCUGGAACAGUACAUCUGUCGCCUGGCUCAUAAGUACCGCAGUCGAGUGACCUCCUCCACCUUCGAUCUCACUUCAGCUGCCACCGCUGGUCUAGUGCCGCACAGAGGCCUUUGCACCCCUGGCAAAAGUCAUGGUUCCACCCAGUCGCUUUCUGCUUUUGAGAGCCGCAAUACAUCCACAAUGCCAGGGGGCAGCAUCACCCCCUGCAAGUCACUGCUGGGAAACUCAGCCAGAGUCAGUCUCAGCACUGCUGGGAAAAAGGCCACUAGGAACUCAAUCAACCUGGGUAACCUUCCUUCAGCAACUGGAGAUGACUUGAAUAUAAACGUGCAUCUCAACCUUAACUUAAACCUGGCCCCUGGUUUAAAUUCUGGCCGGGGCCUCGUGGACAAUUCCAAAAAUGGCAGUUGUGGAGCUUUGAGAAGUGACUUUACUACAGCUUCCACUGCCUCCUCUUCAUCGCUCUCCUCUGCUACACCCACCCCAGCUCUUAGAGCUCGCCCUCGCAUUUCAACUUGUCCGAGUAGCCUGAGCCACCGCAGUUCCCUGGAGGUCACUUCAGGGUCUGGACCAAGUCCGGGAUAUGGGUCAUCAGGCUUCUGUCGCUCAUUAGACUGGAGCAGCUGUGCUCCACCUGAGUCUGGGCCAUCAGUGUUUGGUACAAAUGCUGGGUCAGCUCCUGGGUCUCAGCGUAGCAGCUUGAUCCAAGAGUCCAGCUCCAGUCCCAAGUUAAGCGAAGACUCCGCCAUGGUGGAAGAGAUCUCCCGCCUCUCUGGCCUGUCCAGGGCUGUUGUGGUAGGACUGAUGGAACAAGGUGUAGAGCUUGAUAUUGACUGCUUCCAAACAGAUACUGCCGGAGAAGUGAGCGGUCACAGUAAAUCUCACAUGACAGCCCAGACAGAUCAGUCACAUGAUUAUACUAAACUGACCAACCUGACUCCCCAGAGACCAAUACAGCUCUCCCUCAGUGUCACCCAUUCUCCUCAGUCUCAGUCCAGUCUCACCCCUCCCCUCUCACACUCCAGCAGCCCCAUACACCCUUACCAGUCCAUCCAUAUUCCCUCUCCCCACUACCCAUCACACUGCCACUACCAGCAAAUCCCUUCCCCAUCCGACCUUCCCUCUUCCACAGCCUCCUCCCCUGCCUACCGCCCCACUGCCAGGGGUCGCUCCCCUCCCCGGCCUCUCCAGCCCUCCCCACUGGGUGCCACCCCUCUCUCAGUAUUCCGACGGGAUGCACCCUUCCAGUGCUCCCUGCCCCACACCAAUACAAGGACCUCUCCUACGGAGUAUGGCGGCAUCCAACCAAGAGGUGGAUCACUUCGGCAGAGUGGAGGAGGAAGUGGAGGUAGUGGUGGGUGGAACAGGGCAGAGGGAGAAGGGCUUUACAGAGGAAAGCAUACCUCUCAUAAGUUGAUCAGGGCAGCCACAGUAAGCAGCUAUGCCAAGAGAGAGGAAUACAGCUCUGUUUGGGGUGAGGAGGAGGAAAAGGAGCAAACGGCAGCUCAAACACCAAGAAAGACCUCCAACAAACUCUGGAGGGGCUUUGAGGGACGGCUCUGGGGCAAAGAGUCAGAGAGAGAACGGGAGGAGAUGGACAGAGCUGAGUACGGCUACGGAUGGAGGAGGAACAGUGUUGGCAGCUGGAGAAGGGAGAGCCGUAAAGUAAAGGCCUCGUCCAGCAGUAAUGACAAGAGGCCAAAAGUAGACAACUCCCCCAUCUCCUCAAAGAAGAGAGUGAAGGAAGAAGGGGAGAAACGCAGCUCCAGCCUCAGGCUUUCCAGGAGGGCUUUGUUCAGGAGUGAGUCCCAAGGUUUGCUGGUCCCUCGUAACCACAGCGAGGAGCCGGUAAAGCGAGCGCUCUGGGUCUCCUCAUCGGACGUGGGGCAAGGGAGCUUGGGUAUCAACAAAGACGAAGGGGUCAGACUGCUUAGAGCAAAGGACGACAAACGUCUGUCCUCCACUGCCAGUCUCUUUAACCUUUCCCGCUCUCAGAGCCUUGAGGGCAGCUGCCACUCCAUUUCCCCUCUCUCCUCCCCUUCCUUCUCUCCAUCCCCUCCUCAACGGAUGCCCCUCCAGCGCUCUCGAUCACUGAGGGACUUGGGGAGGAGAGUGUUUGGCUCCAUGAGGUCUCUGAGUCUCAAGAGGAAGCCAUCCAAGAAAUGACAUUUGUACAAUAAAUAAUUAUCGCAGUAGAUGAUUCUUCCAUGUGUUAUACUCAAACCACCGGUGAUGGCUGGCAUUACAUUUUGUGUAAAAGGAAGUGCCAUCAUGUUCAUAUUUCAAACUUCAAAGAUUUGUUAUUGCUCAGAUUUACUGGUACUGUAAUACUGGCUCCAAAAUGUAUGCCAGUCCUUUCAUUCACCACCAUGAUGAACGUUAACUCUCAGGCACAUUAGAGUCUGUAAGACCUGCUAGUAUCGUUCUUGGUUCACAGCAUUGAUUCCAGUGGAGUUUUUGUAAAUUUAUAUUGACAAAUAGUCUUUUCCUGACAUGUGUUAUUGUAAAUUGUACAAGGAGCACUGUAGGAUGCAGCAUGAACCACAAAGAAAUGCCAGUGAGGAAAACCUGGGUGACAACUUCACGUAGGGGCAAAUAAUUCCUUGUAGGUGAUGCAAAGACCUACAAACCUCUUAAAACCUCAUUAGUUUAGACUUUUUCAUAAUGUGUAUGCUGGUUAAAAGGAUUUGACAUUUCAAAAAGAACAAUAUUCUGGGAUUCUUUUCUGGCCUUUAAGGAACCCAAUUAAAAUAAUAUUCAAUAUGAUACCUUACGUAUAAUAUUUGCUAUUAUCAGCUCCAUCACAUAUGGUUAAAUCCCGCUGUAACCAUGAGUAUGAAUGUGUACGUGUACAACCCCCUACUGCAUGCUGCUCUGUGACUUGUUCAUUGUUCAUAGCUAUUGUAAGAAUGUGAUAUUCCUCUUUGUUUAUAGGUAAUAUUGCCUCUGAAGUACAAUCAUAUUGGCCGGACAAAGACCAAAACCAAGCAAAUACUCUUUAACUUGAUAUUAUGCUCAGGAUUUUCAAAAUAAAUAUUGAUUGAUUAAAUUUACAUGAGUUAUUUGAGACAAAAUGUGGCUUCUCAUGGCUAACGGUUAAUAAAAGAAGCUGCUGACUAAAACUUGUA